AGGAGGCGUGGCCAGCGCUGGGCAUGGCGGAGCCAGACCUAGAGUCGGAGCAGAUCCGUCUGAAGUGUAUUCGUAAGGAGGGCUUCUUCACGGUGCCUCCGGAACACAGGCUACCAAAUUUCCACACUGGCAACACCCUUCUUUUUCAGCUGGGACGAUGCCGGAGUGUGAAGGAGUUUGAGAAGCUGAACCGCAUUGGAGAGGGUACCUACGGCAUUGUGUAUCGGGCCCGGGACACCCAGACAGAUGAGAUUGUCGCGCUGAAGAAGGUACGGAUGGACAAGGAGAAGGAUGGCAUCCCCAUUAGCAGCCUGCGGGAGAUCACGCUGCUGCUCCGCCUGCGUCACCCCAACAUCGUGGAGCUGAAGGAGGUGGUUGUGGGGAACCACCUGGAGAGCAUCUUCCUGGUGAUGGGUUACUGUGAGCAGGACCUGGCCAGCCUCCUGGAGAAUAUGCCAACACCCUUCUCGGAGGCCCAAGUCAAGUGCAUCGUGCUGCAGGUGCUACGGGGCCUCCAGUAUCUGCACAGGAACUUUAUCAUCCACAGGGACCUGAAGGUUUCCAACUUGCUCAUGACUGACAAGGGCUGUGUGAAGACAGCGGAUUUCGGCUUGGCCCGGGCCUACGGUGUCCCAGUAAAGCCAAUGACCCCCAAGGUGGUCACUCUCUGGUACCGAGCCCCCGAACUGCUGUUGGGAACCACCACGCAGACCACCAGCAUUGACAUGUGGGCCGUAGGCUGCAUCCUGGCCGAGCUGCUGGCCCACAAGCCCCUGCUCCCUGGCACUUCCGAGAUCCACCAGAUCGACUUGAUCGUGCAGCUGCUGGGGACACCCAGUGAGAACAUCUGGCCGGGCUUUUCCAAGCUGCCGCUGGUCGGCCAGUACAGCCUCCGGAAGCAGCCCUACAACAACCUGAAGCACAAAUUCCCGUGGCUGUCGGAGGCCGGUCUGCGUCUGCUGCACUUCCUGUUCAUGUACGACCCCAAGAAAAGGGCAACGGCCGGGGACUGUCUGGAGAGCUCCUACUUCAAGGAGAAACCCCUACCCUGUGAGCCGGAGCUCAUGCCCACCUUUCCCCAUCACCGCAACAAGCGGGCCGCCGCGGCCACCUCUGAAGGCCAGAGCAAGCGCUGUAAACCCUGACGGUGGGCCUGGCAUAUGCCUGUAUUCCCACACCAUGUCUUCGGGCGGCGGUGUCUGUGAAGGGUGCUAGUAGGAGCUGACGAGGUGCCUGGGACCCAGCUCAUCCCCUUGACUUCCUCCACUGACUUCCUCCCACUGUGUGCCCUGAACCCACUACUGCCCCCAAACAGGCAGGGCAUGAAUGCAGGGUGACGGGGGGUGGGGGCUUCCAGCCCGUGCACCCUGGAAGGGUGGGUCUGGCGGCCCCACCUGUGGCCGCAGGGGUCCUGCUGUGUUGGAAACGUGGGACCACUGAGGGGUCUCCUGCGGUUCUCCUCGCUGUACUGGAAGCAUGGGACCACUGCUUCUUGGGAGGAGUGGCGGCUGCAGUCCCCCCGCUGUCGUCGAGUUGUGGUGGAUGCUGGCCUGGGAUCAGCGGGCCCAGAAGACCUUCGUAUCCCCCCUCAGUGGCCCAGGGCUGCCCCGUGCAUGGUUUGGCUGUGGUGACCCCAGGUGGACCUGGCAGGACUCCAGAUGAGGACAAGAGGGACAAGGUGUGGGGUGGGAGCCACAAUUGAGGAUGCCCCAAGACCACCAAGAGCCCUGGGCUGGGGGCUGAGCUAUAUCCCUGCUCCCCACGGAGGCCCCAACGGGGGCUCAUGGCUCAGAUGCGGAGCAAAACUAGGCUCUUGUUGGAUAAAAGCUUUCUUAACAGACAUGGUU